CGUUGUUUUAUUGGCUGGGGGGGGGGAGUCUUGCGUUUGUUAAAUACGUCAUCACGCACACAUCCGACCUGUCCUUGAAGCUACAACACAGGCAAGAUGGUGGCAUACUGGAGACAGGCAGGCCUGAGCUACAUCCGCUUCUCCGCUAUUUGCGCCAGCGCGGUGCGGGCUGCUCUGAAGCCGCAGAUAAAAGCCGAGGCGAUAAAGGCCGCAGAGUCCAACGUCAAAGUCCUCAAAAUUAAAACAGCAUGACGUAUGACCAUGAUGUAGAUACUUUUUCCUGGGUUGUGAAGUCCCUCAACUGACCUGUCCUGCACAUGGAGAAGGAAAAUAAAAGCUGGGUAACACCAAGAUGAUGUUAAGAGACUGGGGGCCUGGAUGACACUGCAAUUUUUUUUCCUCUUUCAUUUGUAAUUAAAGCUAUAUUAAAGAUGGAUGUCGGAA